AUGUCUGAGAAAACAAUUAUGACUAUGAAUGAUCAGACAAUUAAAAUUGAAUAUUCACCAGCAGACAUUAAAGUGGAAAUUGAAGAUGAAUUUGAUAAUCUUGAUGUUAUUGUUAAAUCUGAAUCGCGAUCUGAAGAUGAUGAUACGUGUUUGACUGAAGAAGAAGUCAAACAAGAGGUAAUCGAAACAUCCACUAAUGAAUAUGACAUUUGCAAUAGAUCAUUUGCAGAAUCACGUCAUCAUAUGGUCAUUCGUAAGCCUAAUCACAGAAAAGAAAGUUCUCUCAAAUGUGAAAUCUGUCAUAAGAUUUUCAAUCGAUUAGAUCAUUUGAAAGUUCACAUACUGAUACACAGUGGAGUACGCCCCCACGAAUGCAGAACGUGCAAUAAGAGAUUCACACAAUUAGGUAAUCUGAAAAGGCAUCUGCUCAUUCACAAUGGAAUACGCUCCCAUGAAUGCUCCAUUUGUAAUAAGAAAUUCACACAAUCAAGUAGCUUGAAAAACCACAUUCUGAUUCAUAAAAAGGUACGUCCUCAUAAAUGCAAGGUAUGCAAUAAGACAUUCAAACAAUUAAGCCAUCUGAAAGGACACAUGCUCAUUCACAGUGGUGAGCGCCACCAUCAAUGCAGUAUAUGCAAUAAGGCAUUCAAAACAUUAAAUCAUUUGAAAAAUCAUAUAAUGAUACACAGUGGAGAACGCCCCAACAAAUGCAACAUAUGCAAAAAGAGAUUUUCACUAUUAGGUAAUCUGAAUAGGCAUAUGCUAAUUCACAAUGGAAUACGCUCCCAUGAAUGCUCCAUCUGUAAUAAGAAAUUCACACAAUCAAGUGGCCUGAAAACCCACAUGCUGAUUCACGAAGUGUAGGAACUCGAUUAUCCGGCCAUCAGUUAUACAGAUUUGCGAUUAUCUGGCCAUCAGUUAUACGGAUCUGUGAUUAUCUGGACUACCAACCGUGACGAAUUUAUAUGUAUGUACAUACCCAC